AUGGCGAUGUCGAUGGACGUCCUCGUCGCGCGCCUCGAAGCGGCAGUCGCCCGCCUCGAGGCCUCGCUUCCCUCCCAAUCCUCCACCGCCACGUCAGCUCCCGCCGCGUCCGCGUCUGCAGCGGCCAGCGAUCACCCGUCAGUGGUUGCGUUCGACGCGAUCCUGACGGCGAAUCUGCAAAAAGUGACGGCGGCCGCUGAGAAGGUCGGCAGCGCGGAAGUGACUGCGGCGACCAAGGCGCUGGCGGAAGCGUUCGAGGCGGAGAAGAAGAUCGUCGCGGCCAUCGCGGCCUGCAAGAAGCCCGACACGUCAGCGCUGCCGAAGCUGCUGGAGCCGCUGGGAGCGGCGAUGGCGGCGGCGGGGAAGCUGACGGAGGGGAAGCGCACGGACGCGUACAACCACGUGAAGGCCGUCGCCGAGAGCGUCGCCGCGCUCACGUGGGUCGCUUACUCCGGCAAGGACUGCGGCAUGAGUCUCCCCGGGCCACACAUUGACGAGACCUGGCCUGCUGCCGAGUUCUACACCAAUAAGAUCCUCUCCACGUAUCGCAACACGGAGGGGGGAGAAGCGCACGUGGAGUGGGCGAGGGCGCUAAAGGAGCUGUACAUGGUGGGAUUAAAGGAGUACAUUAAGAAGUUCCACCUCACCGGGCCCUCCUGGUCCGCCUCAGGCCUCGACCUCCCCGCCUACCUCUCCUCCGCCCCCUCCGCCGCCCCAGCUCCACCCCGCGGAGGACCCCCGCCGCCUCCGCGCGGGGCCCCUCCCCCGCCUCCGCCCCCGGCUGCGUCAGCGGGCGGAGGGGGCGGAGGGGGCGGGGGCGCGGACAUGUCGAAAGUGUUUUCCGAGCUGAACAAGGGCGAGGCCGUCACUGCAGGGCUGCGCAAGGUCACAGCAGACAUGAAGACCAAGAACCGCACCGACCGCUCGGGGGCCGUGCCUGCCAGCAUAGGCGGUAGCAAGGCCACGUCAGCAGGCGCCUCCGCUGCUGCCAAGCCAGCUGUGGUGAAGCCUCCCAAGUUCGAGCUGCAGCAAGGCCGCAAGUGGGUGGUGGAGAACCAGGUGGACAACAAGGAGGUGGUCAUCACGGACACGGAGCCCAAGCAGACCGUCUACAUCUUCGGCUGCAAGGGCACCGUCGUGCAGGUCAAAGGCAAGGUGAACAACAUCACGCUAGACAAGUGCACCAAGACCGCUGUCGUCUUCCAGGACGUGCUGGCGGCGUGUGAGGUGGUGAACUGCAGUGGCGUGGAGAUCCAGUGCGAGGGCACGGCGCCCACGCUGGCAGUGGACAACACGAGCGGCUGCCAGCUGUACCUCGCUGCCACGGCGCUGGCCGCCGCCAUCACCACGGCCAAGUCGUCCGAGAUCAACGUGCUCGUGCCCGGCCCCGAUGCUGAGACUCCCUGGGUAGGCAGGGAUGGGGCGGACAAGUGGGUAGGGGUGGUGAAGGACAAGUGGGUAGGGGUGGUGAAGGACAAGUGGGUAGGGGUGGUGAAGGACAAGUGGGUAGGGGUGGUGAAGGACAAGUGGGUAGGGGUGGUGAAGGACAAGUGGGUAGGGGUGGUGAAGGACAAGUGGGUAGGGGUGGUGAAGGACAAGUGGGUAGGGGUGGUGAAGGACAAGUGGGUAGGGGUGGUGAAGGACAAGUGGGUAGGGGUGGUGAAGGACAAGUGGGUAGGGGUGGUGAGGGACAUGGGUAGGGUGCAUGCCCCUCGAGAGCAGUCUGGGAGUGAGCUCAAACAUGUGCUUCGCUCACCACACCCAUGCCCCUCACAGCAGAGAGUGAGUCACAUGCAGCAUGCUGCAUCGCUAACCACCUCUCCUCCCCUCUCUCCCCUCCCCUCACGACCUUCCUGCCAGGUGGAGCAUGCGCUACCGGAGCAGUUUGUGAGUGAGCUCAAGAACGGCACCUUUGUCACCACACCCAUCUCCCACUCCGGAGGCUGA